UGUUGUUGGAGUGUUUUUUUCCCGUCGAAAAGGCCCAACAGGCAGUUUUUGCAUCACGGGUGUGUUUCUCCCCCUCUCGGGGUCGGCGGCGGCUCCGAUGCGAUUUCAUCCCCCGCCCCUCGUUCAAAUUGCUGCAGGUAAAUAGAGCGAGUUUACCGAGAGGCAGAACGCUUGUCUGGACUUCAUCAUCCCGAGUCUCCACCUCAGUCAUCGUCGACACAUCGAAUCAUGGGGCUCCAGCGGCUCAUGUGGAUGCAGCAUCAUCGGCGUCACCACCAGAUCCAACCCCACGUCCCCACCGUAGAAAUCUGGGCUCAUAUACAUUCUCUGCUGUCCCUGCGAGAUGCUGCACGUGCUGCCUGCGUGUCACACUUGUUUCAACGUUCUUGGAAAUGCCAUCCCGAUCUCACCUUUAGUAAGGAAACAAUCUUCGAUGAAAACCUGUACAGAAAGAAUAAAACAUCAGAUAAAACAACGAGUGAUCUUGUCAGGAUAAUUUACCGCAUUCUGAAAAACCACUCAGGCAAUGGUGUGAAGGCACUCAGGCUUGAAAUAGAUGAUGUUGCCAAUAUUAGCGCAUGUUAUCUUAAUGAUUGGCUUCACCUUGCUGUUAAGCCAGGGAUUGAAGAACUUGCCCUUUUGCUGCAUGAUGACUUGGAUUACAACUUUCCAUGCUCAAUUUUACUUAAUGGGAUUGCAAACACAAUUCGGGAUCUUCGUCUCAGCAGUUGUGUCUUCCGUCCCAUGGCUGGAUUUAGUUGCUUAAGAAGCCUGACAAGUCUAGAAUUGUCUGAAGUGUAUAUUACAGGGGACGAGUUAGGGUGCCUUCUUUCAUGUUCUUUAGCUUUGGAGGAAUUGGUACUCACGUAUUGCAAAGAGAUAGCUUGCCUCAAGAUACCUUGCGCGCUCCAGCGGCUCAGCCAGUUGGUGGUCACUAACUGUGAAAAUCUGGAGGUUAUAAAGAGCAAAGCUCCUAAUCUCACCGUUUUUGAAUACACUGGUGGCGUAGUAGAAGUGUCAAUUGGAGAUGCGGUGCUAGACAUUAUGAUUUCAGCUUCUGGUUGGAACGUUGUUCAUUAUGCUCGCGCCAAGCUUCCACAGAUGGUCCCAAAUCUUGAAACUCUUGACAUGACCUCAUCUUUGGCGACAGACAUACCGUUUUUACCUGGCAAAUUCCUUCACCUCAAGCACUUGUGUAUUUUUUUCAUGGUAUCAGCAGGGGCUUUUUGCCCAGACUAUGAUUACUUUUCUCUGGUUUCUUUUCUUGAUGCUUGUCCUUCCUUGGAGACCUUGAUGUUGUCUGUAACACAACAGAGUGUAGAGCAUGAUUCAGUUUUAGGUGAUUCCUCACAUCUAAGGCAGAUGCCAGGACACUGCCAUGGCAGCAUCAAGGAUGUGAAGAUCAUCGGUUUCUGCUCCGCGAAAAGCAUGGUUGAGCUAACAGUCCAUAUUCUUGAGAACGCGGUUUCGCUGGAGCGCCUUACACUGGACACUGUCUGUUAUGAUCUUAGGUGUUCGGAUGGUGCUAGUGGAUGCUCAGUUGGGAAUAUGAAUAUGAUCAUGGAAGCCCGUAAAGCACUCGUGGUUGUGAGAAGUUACAUCUUAGAGAAAGUUCCCUCUACAGUUGAGUUAAACGUUGUGGAGCCUUGCAGCCAGUGCCAUGCUGUUGAAAAUUAAUGUCAAAUUAUCAUGAUUUCUCAAUGUUCAAUCAUGUAUUGUUACAUGCUCGUUUCAUUAAGUUAUC